AUGAGCACACGCGAUCGUGAGCUCGAGAAGGAGGACUUCGAGACCGAGCACAUUGGCGACAAGGCGAACCGCGUCGACUCGGGCGAUGGCGUCCGCACGCCUGGUUCCUCCGCCCCCGACCAUGGCUUCACGCCUGAGGAGCAGCGCAAGAUCAUCAGGCGCGUCGAUCGUCGCCUCGUCGUCAUCGUCGGUUUGAUGUACUGCGUCUCCCUCAUGGACCGAACCAACUUGUCGGCCGCCGCCAUUGCCGGCAUGAAUGUCGAGCUCAACCUCAUUGUCCAGAACCGAUACAGCAUCGCGUCGCUUGUCUUCUUCAUCCCCUACAUCCUCUUCCAGCCGCCGUCGACCAUCAUCGUCCGCAAGCUGGGACCUCGCAUUCAUCUCGCAGGCAUCUGCCUCAUGUGGGGUAGCGUCAUGAUCGGCAUGGGCUUCUCUCAGAACUUCACCCACCUCGCCGUGUGCCGUGUCCUUCUUGGUGUCCUUGAGGCUGGUUUCUUCCCCAGCUGCGUCUACCUUCUCAGCACCUGGUAUACCCGAUUUGAGGUCGGCAAGCGGUACUCUGUCUUCUACCUCCUCGGAUGCGUCGCCUCCGCCUUUGCUGGCAUUCUGGCCUACGGCCUCAUGCAGAUGAACGGCCUCGCUAACCUGACCGGUUGGCGCUGGAUCUUCAUCAUCGAAGGUAUCAUCACCUGCCUUCUCGCCUUCCUCGGUUACUGGCUGCUUGUCGACUUCCCCGAUUCGAGACGCAAGACUUGGAACUUCCUCGGCGAGCGCGAGCUCCAGUGGGUCGUUGACCGCGUGAACCAUGACCGUGGCGAUGCCAAGACGCCCCCCUUCAACGCCCGCCGCUUCUUCGCUGCCGGCGCCGACUGGAAGAUUUGGGCCUACGCGAUGAUCUUCUUCAACACGACCACCCUGUCAUAUGCCCUCGCCUACUUCCUGCCCAUCAUCCUCCAGAUCAACAUGGGCUUCACCGUCGGCGAGGCCCAGUGCCUUGUCGCCCCCCCCUACGCCUUUGCCGGCUGCGUCAUGUUCGCCACGGCCUGGCUCGGCGACAAGUACCGAGUCCGUGGCCCCAUCAUCAUCAUCAACGUUGUCCUCUGCCUCAUCGGCCUCCCCAUUAUGGGCUUCCACCCCAACUCCAAUGUCCGCUACUUUGGCGUCUUCCUCGUCACCGCUGGUGCCAACUCCAACAUCCCCGCCGUCAUGGCCUACCAGGCCAACAACAUCCGUGGCCAGUGGAAGCGUGCCUUCUGCAGCGCCACUCUGGUUAGUUUUGGCGGCGUCGGCGGCAUCGCUGGCAGCCUGCUCUUCCGCCCCCAGGACAUGCCCCAUUACCGCCCCGGCAUGUAUGCUUGCAUUGCCUGCUGCCUGCUUACUCUCAUCCUUGUCGGUAUUCUGAGCCUCGACUUCAAGAGGCAGAACGGCAAGGCUGAGCGCGGCGAGAAGGAGCUGGAGAACAACGAGGAGGACUCGCAGCGCGGUUUCCGCUACACGUACUAA